UGUUUACAGGCUCGCAGCAGCUGGCUGCACGAGCUCCUCUGUGGUCGCGUGGAGCUGAGCUCGAGACACACCGAGCGGAGGUCGCCGUGGCAGAACCGUGAAAAAAAGUUACGGAAACUCGAGCUGAGCGCGCGGCGUGUACAUGGUGACCGACUACAGACCCGCAGGUAACUCCGUGUCGGUGUGAGAGAGUCGCCCAGCGCGGGAAACGGACACAUUUGUGAGCUCGCGACUCGCUGACUGCUGCAUGGUUAGCGCUAGCUGCUAGCUGUUAGCCUGCUGAAGCUACUUGGCUAGCUGGCUCGCGGAGGUCCAGCCCAGAAGUUGUUUACCUCGAGCUGUGGACCUGCUCCCCCCCCGAGCUCCGACACUUUUCUCCGGGAGAAGACAGCGAGGACCAAAGAAUCACACUGGAUUUAACCGCGUGCGCUGUUAGGAAACUAGCAGGAUGUCCGCGGAGGUCGAGAGCAGUCAGGUGGACUCGGGUUUGACAGCGGCCAGCUCCAGCGGAGCUCCGGAGGACACGAAGAGCCAGGACCGGACGGCAGACCUGCGGGCAGAGCACGACAGAGCCCCGGGAGACGGUGUCCACGGCUCCGAGGCAGCCAGGAGCCCCACGGACACGCACAGAAACUGCAAAGAGAACGACAAGGAGAACGACCAAAGCGGCACCGCGGACUCGGCUGUCGAGGCGGUGAAGAGGAAAGUUGUCGAGGCUCCUCCGCCCAAAGUCAACCCGUGGACGAAGAGGACAACGGGCAGGGUGCCGAGCAGCAACAUCAACUCCAGCAACUCGCAGGAGAAAGAUCAACAGAACGCUCUGAAAGUGGUCCGUGCCAGCAAGCCCAGACCGAGGAAAUCCAGCAAGUCAAGUGACUUCAGUGACAUCACAAACUGGCCCACACCCGGUGAACUGGCCAAAGAGCAACAACAAAAUGUCCUCAACAACAACGGGAAGAAGCCUUCUUCUUCGCGCAGAGAGAAGGAGAAGAGGAGGGAGCGGCCGGACAGAAAAUCAGAGAGCAGCCUCGACGGCGGGGAGAGCAAAGAGAACCAGGAGGCUCAGCUGGACCCGCUGGGAGAUCUGCCCAAAGACGGAGAGUCGAAGGCGGGACAGGACGCCAAGAGCGCCGCUCUGAACAAGCGAGGAGGUGAGGGUAACAAACGUAAGUGGGUUUCUCUGCCGCUGGAGGAAGCGUCCCGAGAUGACGACGGUGGCGGCGACAAGAUGCCCGGCGGGGGCCCGGACACAGAGCCAACCAGCGACUCGCCUGACCCCACGUCGCCCAAUCACACACUCCAUAAUAACAGGGCGCAUGAUAGCGGCAGGAGUUGGAGAAGAGAACAGCGGGACUUUGGGGACGACACCGGCAGCGUUAGAAGUGACGGCGGGAGCAUUCGUGGAGGAAUACGAGGCCGAGGGAAAGGUCGCGGGCGCGGGAGAGGUCGUGGGCGAGGCCGUUACGAAUACUCUCAGAGCUUCCGGGACUCUCAGUCGUCUGACGGUUCUGCUCAGGUUCCCUCGGAGUUUGGCACCAACAUGGUUUACUACUACGAUGACGGCAGCAAAGUCCAGAUGUACACGGUGGAUGAAAAGCUCCUUAAAGAAUACAUCAAACGACAAAUCGAGUACUAUUUCAGCCUCCACAACCUGGAGCGAGACUUCUUCCUGAGGAGGAAGAUGGACACGCAGGGCUUCCUCCCCAUCUCCCUCAUCGCCAGCUUCCACAGAGUGCAGGCCCUCACCAUGGACAUCAACCUCAUCAUGGAGGCUCUGAAGAGCAGCAAAGAGGUGGAGCUGGUGGACGACAAGGUUCGCUGUAAAGUCGACCCGGAGCGCUGGCCCAUCCCCGCCCCGACCAUCGUGGGCUCGCCUCGGACCGACUUCUCCCAGCUCAUCAACUGUCCCGAGUUUGUUCCUCGACAGACGCUCAACUCCGCUUCAUCGCCUGUGAAGACGACUCCUCCUGAGUCCGCUGAGCCUCAGGAGGACUCUGCUGAACCGAGCUCGUCCAGCCAGGAGUCGCUCCCGGCCACAGAUGCCCCCGCCCCACAGCCCGACCCCGACGCCUGGAUCCAGGUGGAGAAACGCCACCGACAGCCCCCUGGAAAGCCAAAGCAUGUCAGUGAUGAUGUGUGUGUUGUCGGCUCUUCUCCUCCCUCAGCACUCCAACCCGACCACCUCCCCUCUGCAGAGCGCAGCGAGGCACCUCCACGCAGCCACCAGGCUCCUCAGCAGAACGAGCCCGACCAGGAGGAGCUGGACUUCAUGUUCGAUGAAGAGAUGGAGCAGAUGGCUCCGAGGAAAAACAAGUUCACCGACUGGUCAGACGAGGACGACUCGGACUACGAGAUGGACGACCAAGACGUCAACAAGAUCCUCAUCGUCACGCAGACCCCUCCCUACAUGCGAAAGCAUCCCAGUGGUGACCGGACGGGAAACCACGAGUCCCGAGCCAAGAUCACCACGGACCUGGCCAAAGCCAUCAACGAUGGGCUGUACUACUACGAACAGGACCUGUGGAAGGGAGAGGAGCAGGUGGAGUGCAGCAAGCAGGAGGUGGAGAACUUCAAGAAGCUGAACGUCAUCAGUCAGGAUGAGUUUGACACUCUCACCCCUAAAGUGCCCGUUGACCCACACCAGGAAGUCCCGCCUCCUCCCAUGCCAGUGGACAGCGGCGCAGAAUUGGCCCGCUCUCUGCCUACGACGGUCCCAGAGUCGCCCAGCGCUCACCAACCCCGAACCCCCAAAACGCCUCGCACCCCCGGACGCCAGGACCCCAACAAGACGCCACGCUUCUACCCCGUCAUGAAGGAGAGCGGCACCAUCGACGGACAGACGCCGAGGAAGAAGAAAACCAGCCACAGUUCGAACCCUCCUCAGGAAGCGCACAUCGGCUGGGUGAUGGACUCCCGCGAACACCGGCCACGCUCUGCAUCGAUCAGCAGCUCUAAUGCGUCUCCAUCAGAAGGAGCCCCGCUGUCAGGAAGUUACGGCUGCACCCCUCAGUCUCUGCCCAAAUUCUGGCAUCCAUCCCACGAGCUGCUGAGGGACAACGGCUUCACUCAGCAGGGAUACCACAAGUACCGCCGACGGUGCCUUAACGAGAGGAAACGGUUGGGGAUCGGCCAGUCUCAGGAGAUGAACACUCUGUUCAGGUUCUGGUCCUUCUUCCUGAGGGACAACUUCAACAGGAAGAUGUACGAGGAGUUCAAACAGUGCGCGGUGGAAGACGCUAAAGAAAACAACAGGUAUGGACUGGAGUGUCUCUUCAGAUACUACAGCUACGGUUUGGAGAAGAGAUUCAGAUUAGAUCUGUUCAAGGACUUUCAAGAAGAGACCCUCAAGGACUUUGAGAAAGGUCAGCUGUACGGACUGGAGAAGUUCUGGGCCUUCCUGAAAUAUUCGAAGAUCAAGAACCAGCCCAUCGACCCAAAGCUGCAGGAACACCUCUCCCAGUUCAAGAACCUGGAGGACUUCAGGGUGGUGCCCCCGAUGGGAGAGGAGGGAGGCAGGAGGAGACGUCACUCAUCCUCGGCCGGGGAUGAAGGGAGGCGUCGGCGACAUCCUUCCAACUCUACCUCAAAGCCUUCACAGGCCUCCAAAUCCUCCAACGCCGCCGCCGCCGCCGCCACUGCUGCACAGAGCUCAGCCAAAGACAAAGCCCAGAAAACAACAACAGCCACCGCCGCCUCCACCACCAGCAGCCAGGGCAAGAAGACCGAGCCCGAAGCCCGGAAGAAGGAAAGCGCUGCGCCGAAUAAAUGAAGCCCCUGCUCCAGGUGCAGGGUUUGGAUAGAAGAGAUGUAGAGCGAGGCGACGGCAGCUCUGAGCUCGGCGUUCGCUCUCUUCAGCUGCAAACUGUUUGAGUAUGAAGAGCGACAGAGCGUGGUCGACUUAAUUAGAUCGUUUUUUUAUCUGUGCAUUUCAUUUUAAAGCAAGCAAAGCGUAGCAGCGAGCUUGAAUCUGUGCGCCUGACAGCUCCUAACGUUUACAAAACACACAAAAAACUACAAAAAAAUGCAUUCCUGCAUUUUGCCUUUUUAUUCUCUCAGAUGCCAAAAAAAGUCUUCAGCACGUUUGUUGUUGAUCUCCACGAUCUGUAACGAGCUCCGCUCUGUAACGAGCUCUCCGCCUGUUGAACUGUGAUUCUAGUUUGCCAAGAUAACAGAUACUGCAGAUAGUCUCGUGUGCCUUAAUCUGACUCAGCAGACGACCGGAGGCCCGAUCCCUGACGCAAUUAUCCAAAUUUUGUCUUCCCGGUUGAUUUGGGGGUUUGUUUAAACUGACACCACUUGCAGGUUUUCUUUACUUAAACAUCUUCCGUUAUUAUAUAUAUAUUUUUUAUCGUGACAAUCAAGUUUGACAGCUGCGGUCAUAGAUUUGUGAAGGACAGACUCCCCCCGCCCGAGGCUGCCACUCCGUAACAGAUGUGCCCUGAUGUUUUUAAAGUCUGACUUAACGGGCGCCACAGCUAAACCGGCGUGUCGGCGUUUUUAAUUAAAACCUGCAGAAAUAAUGACAAAUUGAUCUGGGAAGCUUUAAAGUCCCGUUUUACACCCAGAGGCAGUAUAAUUUAUUGUUUUAUUUUUGUUUUUAUUCUUCCAUGUACUUGAUUUGACGACAUAGUCUUAGGUAAUCAUUGCAGUUUUUAAAGGCUUUUGCUAUCAAAUAUGAUAAUAAAGGAAAAUGUUUCUGCUGGAUUCUGGGUGUGAGCUCGCGUCAUAAAAAAAAAAAAAAACUACAGUAUAUUUUAGCUUGAAGUUCAUAUUAUGUUUGAGGCUUGGUGCUUUAGAGCACUUAAUCCAUAACUUUCCUUUUUCUUUAUCAGUGGACGUAAAAAAAAAACUAAAAAAAAAAGGUUUUAGAGUUGAAUUAAAAAAAAUAAAAAUGUAAAUACUAUAAAAAUCAUUUGCUAUUCAAUUAUUCUUUUGAUUUUAAGAAGUGAUCUGUUUCAUGGUAGCGUGGUUUUGAGUGUGUUCUAGGAUAAAGCGAUGAUGCAUGUCAAUGCCUUGAGUCUUGAAUUGUAAAAUGCAAAAAAAUAUAAAAUAAUUGAUUGUA